AUCUCUCUCGAUGACGUCACUUCCGUAGCGGGGCCAAGAUGGCGACGGUAAUGGGAGCGGGCGAACUCCACCAGCUGAGGCGGCGCUUCCAGGAGGAGGCCGAGUCCUUGCUGGGGGCCUCGGCGCUUGGAGGCCGCGGAGCAGAGGCCGAAGAAUCUACAGCUGUUGAGAAGAAAGAAAAACCCCUUCCAAGACUUAAUAUCCAUUCUGCCUUUUGGAUUUUGGCAUCCAUUGUUGUCACAUAUUAUGUUGAAUUUUUUAAAACCGUGAAAGAAAACAUACAAACAAGUGGGUGGCUUCUGGUUGGUAUCAGCCUUUUGAUCACAAGUUUAGCUAUUGCAUUUUACUGCAUAUUGUAUCUGGAAUGGUAUUGUGGAAUUGGAGACUAUGAUGUCAAAUAUCCAGUACUGAUACCUCUUACAACUGCUACUUUCAUUUUAGCAGGAAUUUGUUUCAACAUUGCCUUAUGGCCUGUAUGGACACUUUUCACUCCUUUGAUAUUAUUUACCCAGUUUAUGGGUGCUAUAAUGCUUGUCUCCCUCCUUGGCUGAUAUUCAAGGUCUGAAGCAAAUGUGUAAACACUAAUAUGGAUGAAGAAUAAAACAGAAUGUGGAUGAAGAAUGGAGCAAGCCAUAAAGUAUUUUUGCCUCUGAAAAGAGUUUCACUUGGAAAAGUGUUAUAAUAGACAGUUAUUUGAAAUCAAGAUGGAUUCUCUCUUUUUAGCACAGCCCUGAGCUUUGAGUUGUGGAAUUGUACAGAUUACUGUUAACAUCUAAAUGACUUGUUGAAAAUUGCAAUCUGAAUUUUAAUGAGUAGGGGAAAGUGAUAUAAUUUAAAGAUUCUAACAGGUCUGUGGGUAAAAGUGAAAUUUAUAUUCUUGCUCUAGAAUGCAUUCCCAGUAUUUUGUUUGAAUGAUUAAUUUAUUUCUGCCCCUCUUUGGGGGUAGAUAUGUAAUUUUGUGUGUUGACUCCAUGUAUCUUUAAAAGAAUUACAUUGUCCUGUGCCUUUAAAACUCAUUAGAGUAAUUGUGGUAUACUUUAUUUUUACAAUUUUUUUGUUAAAUGAGAGUUCUUAUUAAAAGUUGUGCUUUUUCUGUACCUCUUAAUAUUAAAUUAUUUCUUGUGUAAAUGAU